AUGGGCGAUGAAACUCCAUAUCUUAGUGCCAUUGGAGCACUUAUGUAUCUUGCCAAUAAUACUCGACCAGAUAUAUGUUUUGCAGUAAGUUUAUUGGCAAGAUUCAGCUCGUCCCCAACAAAGAGACAUUGGAAUGGAGUCAAACAUAUAUUCAGAUAUCUUCAGGGAACCAUUGAUAUGGGACUAUUUUAUUCUGAUAAAUCCAAGUCAGAAAUGAUUGGUUAUGUAGAUGUUGGAUAUUUGUCUGAUCCACAUAAAGCUCGAUCUCAAAUAUGCUAUUUAUUUACAUAUGGAGGCACAGCUAUAGCUUGGCGUUCAAUGAAGCAAACACUAGCUGCUACUUCUUCAAAUCAUGCAGAAAUAAUAGUCAUCCAUGAAGUAAAUCGGGAAUGUGUUUGGUUGAGAUCAAUGACUCAACAUAUUCAAGAAAUGUGUGGCUUUUCUAUGGAAAAAAAUAUUCCAACUACAUUGUAUGAAGACAAUGUUGCAUGUAUAGCUCAGCUGAAAGAAGGAUAUAUUAAAGGAGACAGAACAAAACACAUUUCACCAAAAUUCUUUUUUACUCAUGAUCUUGAGAAGAAAGGUGAAAUAAAUGUUCAACAAAUUCGCUCAAUUGAUAAUUUAACGGAUCUGUUCACCAAAGCAUUACCAACCUCAACAUUUGAAAAGUUGGUAUUCAAGAUUGGAAUGCGUCGUCUCCAAGAAAUUAAAUGA